UCUUUUAAGACAUUUUUCUUCAGACAUCGUGAUGUCUGAAAAAGCCUCAUGAUAUAUAACUUUAGCAAAAUAAAUUGCAGGAUGCAGUGAUCAAUAAUGUAGGAAUGGGAUGUGAAGAAGAAUAUGAGCAUUAAAACAAUCACUGAAGUGAUAGUGUCUUCCUGAAGGAUGCUGUUUUCUGAGGCACUGCCAUCCUUUCAGGAGGAGGGGGUGCUGGGUAUCUCAGUUUUCUCACGACCUGAUAUCGGCUGCAUCGUGAAAGAGCAAGACCAUGCAGAAAGGGUUUUUUUUUUUAUUACUCUGACCUCAGUGGGUUGGGUAUAUUAUUGGUGCAUGGCUGUUAAAAGAUGAAGAAAAUGGGCGAGUUUGCCGGUCGUUCGUCCAAUCACAUACCGAGGUGUGGCUCUCUGAAGGCGUGGCCAGGGUGGAAAGGGUGGUGCUAGAAGCGGAAGUGUGUUUCGGCCGAUCUCUCGCUGUCAUUCGGCCACGGUCGGUUCCAGAAGAGAGGGGCAGCCAAGCAGCACAUAGGAAUCGGCUGGCUCUGUAGGAAAAACGGCUAGCGAGAAAAGAUACUGAAACCAUACGAACAAUGAAACCGAUCGAAUAAGGCUUGUGAAAGAUCUGCGCAUUGCCACGUUAACAAAGCCCUUUGAUGAUCCAGUCCAGAUUAGAAGCAGCAGAUAGAUAGAGAGCUGUGUCAUUGAGCAGGCAGGACACGUCAGGAGAGGGGAGAAAAAAAAAAGCUGACCGACUGCACUGAACGAGUCAGCUAUCAAAUCACCUCAGAAAAGCGUUGCCUGUCCUGCUUAUUUCGUCAAGGACACCACCUUGCUGUCAGCCCGAGGGGAGGAUCUCGACAAAGACAUUGCCGAGGUAGAAGGUGGUGAUCAGAAGGACCAAACGAUCACGGGAUAGCAUUUGUGUGUGGGGGCAGAAAACAAAUGGGGGAUUACGGGUUUGGAGUCCUAGUUCAAAACAACACUGGCAACAAGUCUGCAUUCCCGGUCCGAAUCCACCCGCAUUUGCAGCCCCCACAUCAUCACCAAAAUGUGUCGCAGAGCCCUGCUGCUUUCAUAAACAGCACCACAGCCGCAGGGAAUGGCACCACAGGAGGCUCUCCCUGGCUCUUCCCUGCCUCUGCCACCCACAACAGUGUGCAAGACGAAAUCCUGGGGGGGACAGAGAAGCCCAAAGCACAGCAGCAACAGGAAAUGCAAGAAACGCUGGAAAAGCAACAGCAGCUGUCCCCUGGGAGUCACCAGGAGGGUGGAACUGGUGGUGGGAUCAUUUCAGAACUGGAAAAAGUGCGGUCAGAGGAAGCCAAGCCAGACAACGGCACAUCUGAAGGAAGUAAUGGAAAGGAGAAGCAGCUACGUCUUGAGUCUCCAGUCUUGACAGGGUUUGAUUAUCAGGAGACGUCUGGUCUCGGGGGAACUGGCCCGGUCCAGUCCAGUACAGCCUCGUCAUCAUUUACCAGCUUCAACAACUGGUCAGCUGCAAUCCCACCAGCACCGUCAACCAUUAUCAAUGAGGAUGUUAGCUUCUUCAACCCAGCCUCUGCCAACAAUGGGCCCCUGCUGUUCCAGAACUUCUCACACCAUGUUAGUCCAGGUUUUGGUGGGAAUUUCUCACCCCAGAUUGGACCGGCUGCAGCCUUGUCCCAGCACCACCCAGCUCCCCCACCGCACCCACAUUUCCAACACCCCCACAACCAACACCAGCAGCAUCGGCGCUCCCCAGCCUCUCCACAUGCUCCACCGCCCUUUCCACACCGGAAUCCGGCGUUCAGCCAGUUGCCACAUUUGUCCAACAGCCUGAACAAGCCCCCUUCCCCCUGGGGUCCAGCUAGCUACCAGUCCCCAUCUCCUUCCCCUGGGUCCUCCACUUCCUGGAGUCCUGGAGGAGGCUAUGGUAGUGGUGGCAGCGGCUGGGGAGGGUCACAGGGCAGAGAUUAUCGCAGAGGGUUGAAUGGUGGGAUGACCCCCAUCAACUCUAUCUCUCCACUAAAGAAGACCUUCCCUAACAACCAUAUGGCAUCCCAGAAGUACCCUCGAAACAGUCCUGCAGGCUUCAACCCCAAGUCCUGGAUGGAUGACGGAGUCAGUCGUGGUGAUAACAUCUUUCCCUUUCAGGAUCGCACGAGGUCAUUUGACAGCUUCAAUAUGAACACUCUGGAGAGCUCCCUGAUCGACAUCAUGAGGGCUGAGCAGGACACCCUGAAAGCCAGGAAUUAUAGCAGGAGACGAGGUCACUCCUCUCUCUUUCCCAUGGAGGAUGGUUUCCCCGAUGAUGAGCGUGGAGAUCAGGGUCUUGCAGGCCUGGGGACUCCACAUUGCUUUCCACACCAGAACGGAGAGCGUGUCGAACGCUACUCACGCAAGGUCUUUGUCGGAGGACUUCCCCCGGAUAUAGACGAAGAUGAGAUAACAGCCAGCUUCCGGCGUUUUGGACAUCUGUUUGUGGACUGGCCUCACAAAGCUGAGAGCAAGUCCUAUUUCCCCCCAAAAGGCUAUGCCUUCCUGCUCUUCCAGGAUGAGAGCUCUGUGCAGGCUUUGAUCGAUGCCUGCAUCGAGGAGGAUGGCAAGCUGUACCUCUGUGUAUCCAGCCCCACCAUCAAAGACAAGCCGGUCCAGAUCCGCCCGUGGAACCUGAAUGACAGUGAUUUUGUGAUGGACGGCUCGCAGCCUCUGGACCCGAGGAAAACCAUCUUUGUGGGAGGUGUCCCUCGUCCACUCCGUGCAGUGGAGCUGGCCAUGAUCAUGGACCGCCUGUAUGGUGGGGUGUGCUAUGCUGGCAUUGACACAGACCCUGAGCUGAAGUACCCCAAGGGAGCAGGGCGGGUCGCCUUCUCUAAUCAGCAGAGCUACAUUGCUGCUAUCAGUGCUCGCUUUGUACAGCUGCAGCAUGGAGAAAUUGAUAAACGGGUGGAAGUGAAGCCAUACGUGCUGGAUGACCAGCUGUGUGAUGAGUGCCAGGGAACUCGCUGCGGCGGGAAGUUUGCACCGUUCUUCUGCGCGAAUGUCACCUGUCUGCAGUACUACUGCGAGUACUGCUGGGCAGCUAUCCACUCGCGUGCUGGACGAGAGUUUCACAAACCCCUGGUGAAGGAGGGAGGCGACCGACCCCGUCACAUCUCCUUCCGCUGGAACUGAGCAGUCGACAGAGAGGGAGAGGCAACAGGGGAGCAGGAGGGCAGGGUCGUGCUAGGGACAGAGCAGAGCACUGCACAGUGUGCUGAGGAAUGUAUGGCAUAGAGAGGCUACAGGAGAACCAGAUACUGGUAAAGAGAUAAAUCCAGCCCCACUCCCCCUCCUCACGUUUGCCUGUGGCCUCUGCUGCUAAGCUAGCAGCCAGCGGAGGGCAGGGCCUCAUUCAUGGAUCAGAACCUGCUUUCUGUGUCUGUACACAGUGGGGCUUGAAUCCAGAUCUUUCAGGACUGAGGUUAAUGUAACUCCUCGAGGGAAGGCUGGUCAGGUAACUGUCCUUAUUGCAGUUGUAUGGGGCUACCGCCAAGCAGGAAAUGCCUCUCUUUGUUUGUUUUUAAUGCAUUUGUGCAAUUCUCUCGUCUUUAAUGAAAAAGUUCUACUUUGCAUCCAAGAGCGAGCUUCAGUUAACGAAAAAAGCAAUUAAAUUUUAUCUGAUUUCCGAAUCGUCAGCACACAUUUGAGUCACAGAGGGAUCUGCCCUUUCGGUGAACCCUCUAUCCCUUCUCCUGCCAAGCUAAUCCAACUCAGCAUCCAGUGUUUUUGAAGCAUAAAUGAAGAUAGUCUCUGCAGUGUGCGCUACUACUACACACAUGUGACCCACAUGCAGUUUGCAGGUCCAGCUGGUCGUACCCAGCGGCUGUUGGGAACCAAAGAUGGCUGUGCAGUAGUGGGUCAUACUGUAGCUCAUUUCUCAUCUAGGUUUGUAUUCUUGUUUUCUGUUUUAUUAAUUCAAGGACAUUUUUCUAACAAUCUGUCACUUCUGCCCAGUUUUGCUCAACUGUCAAGCCCUGAUGGACGCCAGCAAACCAAAGAUUGGCCUUGAACACGGUGUAUAAAUAGAUCUAUUUAACAGUGCAAAAUCCAUUAGAACACCAGUGGAAAAACAGCAGGGCUUACAGACACACACACAAACACACACACACAAGGCCUCACACUCUCCAUAGCUGGAAAUGAACGUGCACACUGGUAGGCGCUACUUCUUUUGAUCUCAAAUAGGUCUGCGUGUUUAGGAAAAUUUUACAUCAAGUGCACAUUCACACAGCGGAGUAAAAGUAAUCCUCACUAUCGUUUUGACGUUUCAGGUCACUCAGAGGCAUCCUACAGCCGAGCAUUUAAAUAUGUCAGGGAGUUAGUUGAGAAACUUGAUUAUACACACUAGUGAGAAUCCUCAUAUCGGCGUGGUGUCGUUGCACCAGUUUUGCACCCUGGACAUUAGUUUUGUGGGUGUGGUGGGUGAGCAUUUUAGAAGUUAAAAAACUUUGUGAAGAAUUUGCUGUUAAAUGAGAUGAAAAAAAAAAGAUUAUUUUAUACAUGGCCUGCUGAUUUUUGGUACAGUGUUUUCUAGCUAAAUUAUUUUGUCAUGCACAUAAAAACAUUUAUUAUGCACUACUUUUCUAAAUAUCUUUCUUUUUCCAACAGUCAUUUUAGGCACAUUUUUCACAAAUGGGGAAACUCCUUUUUGCAAUACCUCAAUUUUUCACAUUGUGAAAGGUAGCUUUUGUACUUUUGUUACUGAGAGAUCUGCAUAUAUGGAAAUGUUCAUUUUAAGAAAAAAAAAGUUGAGUGAUUUCAAUAUAUAUUAUUUUCAAUUAUGCUUUUUAUACAUUUCAGUGCUGAGGAAUCUUUACAACUAAGUGCGCACUUGUGUUGAUGCGACUUCAGAUCUGCAGAAGAGAGACCCCAAGUGUAUCGCUCUCUUGCUCUUAGCUUUUCGUACACUAGACGUUUCCAGUAAAUCUGGUCAAUAACAGCACGGCGAGGAAAAAAAAAACUUUUAAUUUGAAAUUGAUAUUAAUGUCAUAACAUGGCACAUACUAGUUGGAACUGGUCACUUUCGUCCUGGUUUCCUCUCCAUAGAUGGAGUAGAACUUCUUAUAAGGAGAAUGCAAAAUUUGGUUCACGCUAACGCUGAAUCUCGUAUCACAAGAAUGGAUGUUUGGUGUUUAGAUAUUUUAAUAUAUGAAAAAAGUAUAUAUAUAUAUAUAUAUUCUUGAACUUGCCAACUAGCACCUAUUGUAAUCCUUAGCAUGCAUGACAAAAAAGAGAAAAUGACAAGUACAUGAAUUAGCUAUUAAAAUUAAUUGUUGUGAUGUGCACCAAAUGUUUCUCAACUAUUAAGUUGUUAAGGAACCCACUCUCACCUCACCUCACCUCAUCCCCCUCCCCCCCUCCCAACACGUUGAUCUCCUCGCUUUCCAUUUCGCAGACCUCUGCAGGAUGCACAUGACACAGAGAUAAGACAAAGCAGAAACUUUAAAUGGGUUUUGGCAGUGCAGGACUUUGAGCAUCCUUAUAGAACACUGUUCAGAUGACUUGAGAACUCCUCCCCGCUCUCUGUCGAGGUGAUCUUACAUAGACCUAUCUGGAGGAAAGGGGAGCUUAAAAGACUUGAAUGUGGUAAAUGUUGCAAGUUAACUUCAAGUUGUUAUGUGCAAUACUUCUUUUGAACCUUUUUCCAGAUAAAGACUCUUUGCAAUGUAAUUCUUUAAUGCCAUUUUUAAUUGCAAACAUUUAAUUAAAGAAGAUGUUAAUAUGUUUUUCACAGUCAUUUUCUACUGUUAUUGUAAUCCUUUUCAUGCUGGUGUUUGUAAAAAAGAAAAGAAAUCAAACUAUUUGUACUAAUAUAAAUAAUUGAAGUUAUUUUUAAAACAUUAAAAGGUUUUGUGCUCAUUUGCUUAUUUUGUUUAUUUUAAGCUACUGUGAUUGAUUGCAUUGUAAUUAUUAGGUCAACAAUGUAUUUAGCUGUUUAUUGGUAUAUUUUUAAUUGGAAUGUAUAAUUGAUUUUUAUAAUUUUGAUCAGAUUUUUGUUAUAUUUUUGAGGUGAAGCUUUUAAUAUGUUAAAGUGUCUAGUUUUUACUAAUUGCUAUAUUGUGCUCCACAAUAUAUGGUUCACAUUUUCUGAAGGAAAAUAAAUAUUUAAAUAUUUGUCUGUUAAUGAUAUUACUUAAUGGCAAGAUUUCAAUAGUUUUUAACUGUGUAUGGGAAGGUUGUUGUAUUUAUUAAUAGCAUUUUUUACUUAAGAUAUCACCUUAAUUUUUAUUGUUAUUUCACUUUAUAAGUUCCUAUUUUUGUAUUUUCCUUUCUAAUUAAGUUAUGUAAUACGGAUAUGUCCAUAUUUCUAGGAGUUGGUCUGUAGAAGUGCUAGUGAAACAAAAAAGAAAAAUCUAAUGUUAUUUAAUUGUUUGCAGCCAACUAUUUAUAACAGUAUGCAUAAUUUUUAAAUAUUUGUAAUGUGAAAUGUUGAAUGAAAUAAAUCUU